AUGCGACUUCGAGACUCAGACACCUGCUGCGCAACUUGUCAUACACAAGAGGGGACGGUGGCCUUUACAACUCCUCAAUGGCAAAAACCGCUUAGACGUCAUCCUCAUUCGCAUCAUUAUCAGCGUCAUACUAAUUCUUCUCAGCAUCGGCCUCAUCAUCGCUAUUUGCAGCAGCAACAGCAACUAGUUAAUGCAUUCCUUCUUAUGUUUGGCACUCGACCUUGGCUGGGAAUCGAGCAUCGCCUGCCCCCCAAGCGUCCUCGCUUCGCUUUCACUGAAAAGGCCAUAAAAAUACUUAACUAA